AUAAUAAUGAUAACCUCAUUCUUCUUCUCAUUGCUUUUCUUUUUUCUUCCCUCCCCUCCCCUCCGAAUAAUUUUACUAAUACUACUAGUAGAUGUUUCGAGUGGCGGCGGGGUUCUCAUUGCUCUUUCAUUUGUUAGCUUAGCUUUGGCUGAUUUUUUCCCCAUACUUUGGCAACUUCCUUCUCGUCCCUCCCUCCAAUUUCUUCUUUACAGUUGGUUAUCUGUUUGGAGUUGUUUAACGAUCCAUCACUCCAAACUGUUGCUGCAAAUGCAAAAUCAUUCUAACUCCUAGUUUUCCUUCCUCUCUGCUCCCUGCCACGAAAAACCAUUAUACCACCAUAUAUACUGCAUCCCUCGCUCUCACGUCAGCAGCAUGGCCGGUGCCACAGAGAUCGCGUCCCCUGAAGUUUUGCCUGAUGACAUUUCCUCCUCCGACUCUCUUCGCAGGAAAAAACUGGGCAUCUAUUUCAUUGAAUCAGAUGACAGGCGGACUGCUUUUAGUGGAGGCUACGUCGGAGGAGGUUCUACGCCAGUUAACAUCCAUGGAAAGCCCAUUUCUAAUUUAUCCAGCACUGGCGGAUGGAUUGCUGCAUUCUUCAUCUUCGGCAACGAGAUGGCUGAGAGGAUGGCCUAUUUUGGGCUCUCUGUCAACAUGGUGGCAUUUAUGUUCUACGUCAUGCAUCGACCCUUCUCAAGUUCUGCCAAUGCGGUCAAUAUUUUCCUGGGAAUAUCACAGGCCUCCUCUGUGUUUGGCGGUUUCCUUGCCGAUGCCUACCUUGGUAGAUACUGGACCAUAGCCAUUUUCGCUACCAUCUAUCUUGCGGGUUUAACGGGAAUAACCCUGUGUGCUUCCAUGAACUUCUUUCUGCCGAACCAAGAGCAGUGUGACCAGAUUGCCUUACUUCUGGGCAAUUGUGAACCUGCAAAGCCCUGGCAGAUGCUUUACCUCUACAUAGUCCUCUAUGUGACCGGAUUUGGCGCGGCCGGUAUAAGGCCCUGCGUCUCUUCUUUUGGUGCUGAUCAGUUUGAUGAAAGAAGUAGAGACUACCAAUCACACCUUGACCGCUUCUUCAACUUCUUCUACCUGUCUGUCACGGUUGGAGCCAUCGUGGCCUUCACGGCAGUGGUCUACGUCCAAAUGAAGCAUGGAUGGGGCUCUGCCUUUGGUUCGUUGGCCAUUGCCAUGGGUUUGUCCAACAUGGUCUUCUUUCUUGGCACUCCCUUGUACAGGCACCGAUUGCCGGGAGGCAGCCCUCUGACUCGUGUUGCGCAGGUUCUCGUGGCUGCUUUCCGCAAGAGGAAUGCUUCUUUUGAUAGUGGCGACUUUGUAGGCUUGUAUGAACUUCCUGGCAAAAGAUCUGCUAUCAGAGGAAGCAGCAAAAUAGCUCAUACUGAUGAUUUCAGAUGUCUGGACAAAGCUGCACUGCAACUGAAAGAAGAUGGUGCUGACCCAAGUCCUUGGCGGCUCUGCACCGUGACGCAAGUAGAAGAAGUUAAAAUUCUUCUAAAGCUCGUACCUGUUCCGCUAUGCACUGUGAUGCUCAAUUUGAUCUUAACAGAAUACCUGACCCUCUCAGUGCAGCAGGUAUAUACGUUAAAUACUCACAUCGGUGGUUUGAAGCUCCCGGUUACAUGCAUGCCAGUCUUUCCUGGCCUCAGCAUUUUUUUGCUACUCUCCUUUUACUAUUCCGUGUUUGUCCCGCUGUCAAGACGCGUCACUGGUCACCCCCAUGGCGCUUCUCAGCUUCAGAGGGUAGGCAUUGGUUUGGCAGUUUCGAUCUUGUCUGUGGCAUGGGCUGGUGGUUUUGAGAGGUACAGGAGACACUAUGCCGUUGAACACGGGUACGAGGCCAGCUUUCUCACUCCCAUGCCCGACCUAAGUGCAUACUGGUUGUUGAUUCAGUAUUGUCUGAUUGGGAUUGCUGAAGUGUUCUGCAUAGUUGGGCUGCUAGAAUUUCUCUACGAAGAGGCUCCUGAUGCCAUGAGGAGCAUAGGUUCAGCUUAUGCGGCUGUUGCUGGAGGGCUAGGUUGCUUUGCAGCCACCAUAUUGAACAGCAUUGUGAAAUCUGUGACGGGCAACGGAGAAACUAGACGACCAUCGUGGCUGUCCCAGAACGUAAACACGGGGCGGUUUGAUUACUUCUAUUGGCUUCUUACAGUUUUGAGUGUGAUAAACUUUGCCGCCUUCUUGUAUGCAGCACAUUGUUACCAGUACAGAAAAAAGGAGCGGGGAGAAAUGAGGGAACCAUCAAGCAUACAAUCUAGUCAUGGUUAACAGAAUUAUAGGAACUUUCUUAUUAUUACAGAAGAACAAAGGAACCUCUUUCUUCUUUACCAUUUAAGUACAAUUUCUUACCUUCCAGUAAGCAGAAUUUGAUAAUGGAGUCUAGUCCUACAAUUCAUGUGUUCCCCCCUCCCCCGUCAAAAAAACCCACCGGUAAAACAAAAAAUAAAAAUAAAAAAAA